AUGUUUCAUUCCAGAACACCCAUCUACGACAUAAUCCUUAUUAUAUUCACUUUUCUAGCGUGUUCCGAUAUAUUUUACGAGUAUUACUGGAAACAGGAAGAAGUUCACGGUCAAUAUCAGACGGAUCUCUUGUCGAAUUUUAUGGAUUACUGUGCUUUGGCCACUUAUGACCCAUGGGAUCCCAAAAUUGUACCGUAUCUGUGGGGAGAGGACCCCACGAAAAAUUGUGAUAGAAAAUGGAGGCCUUAUACGGAAUUGGUGAAUGGAACGUGGCGAGUGGUCAAGAAAAAAGAGGGUGUGGAGUGUAAGGCAAGGUGCUACUAUUCAAUAGACUUCAAUGGGCCACUGAAUCGAACCGAUUGGUUCCCACCCGGCCCGGUGGAUUGUGAAUUUUUGGAAGCGGCGUGUUGGGAGAAUGGAUAUGAAGUGUACGGAUACAUACAUACUCAGAUUAUAGCAAAACCGGUGGAAAAAAAGAAAAACGAGCACAAACCGAAUGUUUUGGUCUAUUUGAUAGAUUCGAUGAGUGUUGGCAUGGCGCAACGAUCCCUACCAAAAACACUGAAAUUCCUGAAAACCCGUUUCAAAACCGUCGAAUUUCCAUUUAUGAGUCAAGUGGGGCUAAACAGUAAGCCCAACGGAAUGCCUCUCUGGUUUGGAAAACAAAUAGAGCCUGGGAAGCUGAAAGGCGGAGCGGAUAUCAAAGUGGAUUGGAAUGAGACAGAGUUUUGUCAAAGCUAUUUGGAUGGUGAGCAACAUUUGUUUAAGGAUUUUAUGGAGCAUGGAUAUAAGACCCUCCACUCCGAGGACUGGUCCUACCAGACUGUAUCCUCGUUCCCGGACUGCAAAGGGUUCAAAAAUCAGUACACCGAUCACACAUUUGUUCCGUUCAACAAAAUUCAUGAGUUUGAUGGGUUAACUGUCACCAAGGGACAUCUGAAAGGGCGGUCUCUGUGUAGAGAGAUUUAUCACGCUGCAAUUGAUCAAUUCGAGCAGUUUACGGAGGUGUAUAGCGACCAACCAAAACUGUCGUGGAUCUGGAAUAUCCGUGUUGCACAUGACGAAAUCUCUGGGUUAGAUCGAUUGGAUGCACCACUUUUAGAUUUUUUCAAAAAGCACGAAGAAGAGUUCGACGACUACUUCAUCUUCCUAAUGUCCGACCACGGCUUCCGUCGUGCCCACUAUCACAUGUAUGACACUGAAAAUGGAGCGAUGGAAAAGCACAAUCCAUAUUUGUCGAUUUCGGUACCCAAAAAAUAUAGGAACCCAGAAAUUUUAAAAAUUAUGCAAAAAAAUGCAAAAGAAUUGCAGACUCAAUAUGAUACUAGAGCGACUUUGCUGGAUAUUGUAAAGUUCCAACCCGCUUCUCAAUUCUCUAACCGUACCCUCCUGGAAAUUCCAAAUGAAAAAGGACACUCUCUAAUCCGCCACCAGCCAUCUACGCCAAGAACCUGUGGACGUCUUCCCAUUCCGCAGCAGUACUGUAUUUGUAGGACGGCUACAAAAGAUAUGAGAGAAGACACAGCCCUCACCAACCGCCUUGCCACCCAACUCAUUGCUCAUGUCUAUCAAAAAUUAGACAAAUUCAAUCUCACCUCACUCUGUCAUGAAUAUGAAAUAGAUUAUGUUUCCCACCUUGAUCUCUACCCGACUACCAAUAUCAACACGUCUACAUACCGAAUCGCUGUGAAAACGAAACCCCCAAUAUUUGCACAUUUCGAGACGUUGGUCACCGAAGAUAAUAAGACGAAGAAACUGGAAUUCGAGGAGGUUGAGAGAUUGGAUACAUAUGGAAAUACGGCGGACUGCACGAAUCGAAUACAUUCGAAUCGAUUGUGUUUUUGUAAAGAUUGGCAGGUCUAA